AGCUCACACAGUUCACAGGCAACAAAUCGGCUUACCCGGUGUAUAUGACCCUAGGCAACAUCCCGAAGGCUCUGCAACGUAAGCCCUCGGAACACACAUGCGUUAGUUACUUGUCUGUAGACAAGGUGGACGCAACUGGGCUCACCGAUCGCAAGCAUCGCGCUCUGGUCCAGCAGCUGUUCCACUCAUCUGUCAAGAUGAUUCUUAAGCCUCUGAUCGAGGCUGGGAAAACAGGGAUUGACGUUACCGGGGGCGAUGGAAAGGUUCGCCGUGUUCACCCCGUUCUCGCAUCGUACGUAGCAGACUAUCCCGAGCAAUGCUUGGUGACUUGCGCCAAGUACGGUACGUGCAGCAUUUGUCAGUGUCCCGAGUCCGGUCUUGGGGAAGACGCACCGAGAACUCCACGUCGCCAGAUAUGGAUGCUUGAUGUGUUACGCAAGGUGAAGGCGAAAGGAACGAAGGGCUCGGCACCGUUCUUCAACGCGUGCAAAGAGUUUAACGUCUCUGGCUACGUCCUCGAGCCCUUCUGGAAAGACCUACCCUAUACCGACAUCCAUAUGUGCAUCACCCCCGACGUCCUCCACCAGCUCUACCAGGGCGUCUUCAAGCACAUUGUCGAAUGGUGCAGCGAACUUAUGGACGAGAAGGAGCUCGACGCCCGUAUCCGAUGUCUUCCGCCCGCGUACGGAACUCGACAUUUCAAGAACGGGAUUUCCUCGCUCUCACAGGUGUCCGGCAGCGAGCGCAAAGACAUGGCCCGCAUUCUUCUGGGGUGUCUGUAG